AAUGUUAAAUCCAAGUUCAACGAUAUCUCUGAAAAAAAAACAGAGUUUACCACUUAUUAUCGCCCAUAUAAAGAGAGUUGUUGAAGAAUCGUUGAAACUGCCUCUAUAUCCGCCAUUUUAUAUUUCGCAUACCCGUUUCUACACUGCUGGGGGUCUGGGUUUUCCUUUUGUAAGGUAUACUAUUAUUUAUCACAUCGUUUUUGGAGUCUUCGAUCGAGGAAUUACUGUUUACAAGAAAGAUAACAUGACGAAGAAUAUGUUUAGUGAAUCCAGAAAUUUAGAUUCUGGUAUUCACUCCUUAUCCGAAUCUGGGGUAUUUUUUUCGAAAGAUACCUCUAGUAUAAGUGGUAGCGUCUGCUUGACAGAAGAGGAAGGAAAGGACCAAGAAAUGAAAGCUGAAAUGCUAAGACACCUUAUGCCAUUUCGAACAGCAGAGGAAAAGACCUCCUUUCUCUUCAGACCUAAUACAGAUGGUGAUACUAAGUUGCAUUUGGCUCUGAUUCAUGGAUAUCCAAGUCUGUGCUUAGACAUCAUCGAAUAUGCUAAGUCAGACUUGGUAUUGAAUCACCGAAAUAAUGAAGGUAUAACGGCACUUCACCUGGCAGUUUAUCAAAAUUUUCCCAAAGUCAUUAGAAAGCUUAUUAUUAGGGGAGCAGACCAGUCAAUAACAGACCAUAAUGGAAAUACACCCUUACACAUUUGCUGUAAAAAAGGUAGUGCGGAAUGCGUUACAGAGUUAAUCAAGCCCCUAAGUAGUUGGAAUAGAAAAGGAGGUUUAUUAGAUCAGAAUCGAGUAAACUUAUGCAAAAUUGCGGGAAUAAGAAAUUUUAAUGGAUUAACUUGUCUUCACGAGGCUGUUUUAGAAGGAAAUUUUGAGAUCAUAAAGACUUUAUUGGAAUACGAUGAAUUUCAAAGUAUAAUAAAUAAUCCCGAUUGCAAAUCAGGAAGAACAAUCCUUCAUUUUGCUGUCGAAUCCUCUUCGAAAACAUUUAACAAACAUAUUUUAACAUAUAUCUUAUCUCGAGGAAAUAGUGUUGACUUAGACGCUAUCACAUUUUCUGGUUAUUCACCUAUAGAUAUUGCGUCUGGUCUUAACAAUACAGAAGCUGUAAAGAUAUUGGAAGAAUAUAGAGAUGAAGGAUUUGAGAAUGUUGAAGAAAAUUUUCAUAAUUUGAAAGUAUAA